AUGCGUCUUGCGCCGAUCAUCGAGCGCUAUAUGAACUUGAAGAGACAGGAAAAUGCCGUGCUCAGCAACUCCAAUCUAAUGCAACAGAGUAUACCAAUACCAACCGAUCGGUACAGCUAUGUCUCCGAAGUGUUGAGCAUACACAUUCGCCUACUUUGUGAGCCUUGUCUCUCCGCCUUGUCUCAGGUGUGCAUAGUCAAGAUUGCACAGUAUAAAGCAGAGCUCGAUGCUAUGGAUGAGGUGGUGCUGGAGAAGUGGAAGAAGAUUCAGGAGAUGUACAACAAGACAAGACCACAAACCGCAUUGAAAUUGUCGGGUCCGACUUCAAGGGUGCCGACGAGUUCAGUGAUGGAGAUAAAAGGCGAGAAGGACGGGAUCAAGGUGCUCUUACAGCAGAUGUAA